AUGAAAUAUUAUGUGACUUUAGUGAUUCUAUUAAUGAGUGAAGAAAUCCUAUCAACAGAUCUAGAUUUUCUUUUAAGAUUCCCUAUCAAACCGCAUGUAACAAGUCCUGUGGAUUUCCUUUCUAACACGAGUUGGGGAGGAAUUUGCAGCCUUGCCACAAAAGACGAGUUCAGAAACCUUGACAGAGAUAUUGAGAUGUCCCCAAAGCGAUGGAAAAAAUUGGUAGAAUGUGAAAGUCCAGAAAGAGAAAAAUUUCCCCAAGAAUGGAAAAGCAAAACAGCCUUGCAAAGAUUAUACGAUUCAUCUUGGACUGGAAGUGGAAUAGAUACUAUAAAAAAUUUUGUGGACAAAGCUAGCAGACACGCUACCUUAAAAAAUCAUAUUUCGUCGCAUGAAAUGUUCCAUUUGUUGGGAAAAGUUCGAAUAGAUUAUGCAAUUGACCACGGAAAAAAAAUUGAUGCCCAACGUCACAACGAGCGUGUUGUUAAAAAUCGCAAAAUUGUCGGUCGUUUAAUAGAUGUAGUUCGUUUUUUGGCUUGUCAAGAAUUAGCUUUACGAGGACAUGAUGAAACUGGUACAUCAAAAAAUAAAGGAAAUUAUUUGGAACUGUUAGAUCUACUUGCUCUGGAAGAAUCUAAUAUGCGUGAUCACUUAGAAGCCAGUAACGUUUUUAAAGACACAUCCAGCGAAAUUCAAAAUCAGUUGAUAGAAUCGGUGGAAUGUAUUAUCAGACAGAAAAGUUUUAAAGAUUUGCAAGAAGCGGACUUUAUAUCUGUUCAGGGUGAUGAAACAACUGAUGUAUCCUGCAAAUCCCAGUUUAGUGUAAUAUUAAGGGCAUUUAUAGAAGAAAAAUUGGGCACAAAAUAUGUAGAAAACAAGACGGUAGAAUUUGAGAAGUCAUAUGAGGAAACUAGUCCGUCUACACCGAUAUUUUUUAUAUUAUCCCCCGGAGUAAACCCUUUAAAGGACGUUGAAAACUUGGGAGAGAAGAUGGGAUUUACAGCAGAGAAACAAAAUUUUCACAACGUCAGUUUAGGUCAAGGCCAAGAAGUAAUUGCUGAAAAUGCGAUGGAAGUCGCAGCUAAAAACGGACAUUGGGUAGUCUUGCAAAAUAUCCAUCUCGUCAAAAAAUGGUUGCCAGCUUUGGAAAAGAAACUUGAGCAAUAUGCUGAAGGAUCUCAUCCUGAUUAUAGAGUAUUCGUGAGUGCUGAACCUGCAGCUAGUGCAAGUGCACAUAUAAUCCCACAGGGCAUUCUAGAAUCUUCAAUUAAAAUCACUAAUGAACCACCUACGGGCAUGCAGGCAAACAUUCACAAAGCACUUUCAAACUUUAAUCAGGAGACUCUCGAACAGUGCGGAAAGGAAGCCGAAUUCAAAGUUAUAUUAUUUUCAUUGUGUUACUUUCACGCUGUGGUAGCUGAGCGAAGGAAGUUUGGUCCACAAGGAUGGAACAAAAUAUAUCCGUUUAAUGUCGGUGAUCUUACUAUUAGUGUGUUUGUGCUCUAUAAUUACUUAGAGGCUAAUUCCAAAGUUCCAUGGGAGGACCUUAGGUAUUUAUUCGGAGAAAUUAUGUACGGAGGACAUAUUACAGAUGACUGGGAUCGACGGCUGUGUAUUACAUAUUUGGAAGAGCUUAUGCAACCUGACUUGGUUGAUGGAGAAUUAAUGUUAGCUCCAGGUUUUGCUGCGCCUCCAAAUACUGAUUAUGUUGGUUACCAUGCCUAUAUUGAUGAUAUGAUGCCACCAGAAUCUCCUUAUUUAUACGGGCUACAUCCUAACGCAGAAAUAGGCUUCCUAACAACAACCGCCGAAAAUUUAUUUAAAACAGUAUUUGAGAUGCAGCCUAGAGACGGAGGCGCUACAGGUGGUGCUACAAUCACCCGAGAAGAUAAGGUUAAACAAAUGGUAGAUGAGAUGCUAGAAAAAUUACCAGAAGAUUUUAACAUGGCGGAAAUUAUGGGAAAGGUGGAGGAACGUACUCCAUAUGUGAUAGUAGCUUUCCAAGAAUGCGAAAGAAUGAAUUAUCUCACAGCGGAAAUAAAAAGAUCGUUAAAAGAAUUGGAGUUGGGGAUAAAAGGUGAACUUACAAUAACUUCAGAUAUGGAAGAUUUAGAAAAUGCUCUGUUUUUGGAUCAAGUACCGCCAGUUUGGGCUCUCAGAGCAUAUCCAUCUUUACUUGGUUUGAGUUCUUGGUUUGUUGAUUUGUUACUAAGAAUAAGGGAACUGGAGACAUGGUCAACCGAUUUUGUGCUUCCAGCUUCAGUUUGGCUUGGGGGAUUUUUCAAUCCUCAAUCUCUUCUAACGGCAAUAAUGCAAAGUACGGCGCGAAGAAAUGAGUUGCCAUUAGAUAAGAUGUGCCUUCAAUGUGAUGUAACUAAAAAACAAAAGGAAGAGUUUACGAGUGCUCCUAGAGAUGGAGCCUACAUUCAUGGUUUACACAUGGAAGGAGCUAGGUGGGACAUUCAAACUGGAAUUAUAGUAGACUCUCGAUUAAAAGAACUGUUUCCGUCUAUGCCAGUCAUCAACGUUAGAGCCAUUACUCAAGAUAAACAAGAUCUAAGAAAUAUGUACGAAUGUCCUGUAUAUAAGACGCGAACAAGAGGACCUACUUAUGUUUGGACCUUUAAUUUGAAAAUUAAAGAUAAACCGGCGAAGUGGACUUUAGCUGGUGUAGCACUACUAUUACAGAUAUAA